AUGGCCAGCAGUCGGGUCUCCAAGGCCAAUAUUGCAGAUAUGCGGGCAACGGACAAGAUUGGAAAGAGAAUUUCCACUGUUGAUAAAUUCGUUCCGCCAGACAUCAAAUUAAAUCUAAAGACAGCUGGUAUUGAUCGUGAAAAAAUGAAGAAAGCAAUGGCUCCCAGAGUCCGCCCGAAAGGCGGCAGGGGUGCGAAACCAACUCGAAAAAAGACAGAUAUUUUUGCACUGAUUGAUCAUGGAAUUGAAAUGGAUCCCACUGAAGAGGCUAAGGCUAAACUGGCAGCUGAGAAAGCAGCAAGAGAGGCUCCAAUUCCUGAUCUUUUGUUCAAGCCAAAGCCUAAGGAGCCAGAUCCUGAACCAGAGCCUGAACCAGAGCCUGAACCAGAGCCUGAACCAGAGCCUGAACCAGAGCCUGAGCCUGAACCAACUCCAACACCCAAAGUGAAAGACCUUGGAAGACCACCCAAACCAAGCCGCAGAUCAAUAAAACUAGAAUUGGAAGAACCAGUCAAGGAAAGUAAGUCCAGGAAGACACCAAAAAGAAGUAAGAGUACUGAUAUACCAGAUGAUGUGAAAAAGAAUAAGAGGAUUUCCGUGAGAAAUCUACCUCCGAAACGAAACAAGAGUGUUGAUCUGGAUCUCCUAGAAGAUAAGAAGAAAGAACGGAAACCUAGGAAAAACAAAAGUGUUGAGGUCGGCGAUGACGAUCGUUCAAAGAAAUCGAAGAAGAAAAAGAAGAAGGAAAAGAGACAAAGCAUUGAUAUUAACGAUGAUGCGUUUUCCAAGAGUUCGAAAAAGAAGGAAAAAAGAAAAAGUCGUAGCAUGAGCAAUGAUUCGAAAUCUUCGUUGCACAGCUUCAAGAGCAAUGAUUCUGGACCCAGUAUGCAUGAUUCUGUACCUGAUUUUGACGCUAUUAAUGCGAUUAAGGAACGUAGGCAGAAGGAAAGGGCAAACAAGGACGAACCAAAAGCAGAACCAGUUAUUGAUUCCAUGUUUUCUUCUGAUAGCUCGAAAGAUGCUCAAGAACUCAAGAACGAAAUCGACUCUGUUAACGACCAAAUCGAAAAGGCAGAAUCGCAAAACGAAAAGGAGAUUGCGAUUCUGAAGAAGGAGAUGGAAGCAAAAAAGAAGGAGCUGGACGAGGAGUUCGGUCCACAGAUUGAAGAAAUAAAACAGCAAAUCGCAAAGAGCGAAAGAACCAAUGACAACCUACAGUCAGGAGCGCAGAAAAUUAUUGAGAAAUUGCGAGCUGAGAACAAAAAACUUCGGGCUGAAGCAGACAAGUAUCCCCCGCAGAUAUUGGAUUUUCGGCAGAAGAACUACGACUUGGAGAAAACCAACAGAAACGUAGCUCACACGACUGAAGAAUUGAAGAAAAUGGCCAAGAAGCUAGAAGGAGAUCACGAGAAGCUUCAUGCACAAAACGAAAAGUGCAGAGAUGAGUACCUGCCAAAAUAUAGAUCUGAGUUGAGAAUGAGACAGAAGCAUAUUGAGACAGAACAAGCGAUUAAGGAAGUCUAUCGUGAGACUGCAGUCAAAAUCUCCAGUCGCGUGACCCAGACACGAGAUGCCGACUUGAUUGAGGCAGUCACCAACAUGAUCAUUGACAUUGAAGGUGAAUUGAAUCCCAAAUUCGAUCCGAUGAUCUUGUUCGCCAAUGAUAGUGAUGAUUCCUCUAGUGACGACGACAGUGACGACGACAGUGAUAGUGAUGGCGAUUAG